AUGAUUAUCAGUGAUUUAAGUGCUGCCAGUUGCCAGAUUUCUACCACUGAUCGACUGGUUAAAGCUGAGCUACAUAAGCCUGAUAUAGAAUUUUCGUCCAGAAGUCCAUCAGUUUGCCAUUCUUCGUCGUACUCAACAGAGAAUACUGAAGUUGGUACCAAUAUGACAGUCGAAAAUUCUUCGUCUCCAACAUCUGGAGACAAUUAUGACGCUAUGGCAGUUUUUCGUAGCGAAACUUUAAUUGUCAAUGGCAGUCGUAAUUUCAACCCUUAUAGUGGAUCUUACAUGGAUUAUGAAGGAUUAAACGAUGAUUCAAGUGAGCCGCCUGAACUUCAGAAUGGUGCGUUAGACGGAAAUGAGGUUUCGGCGAAAGUGAAUGAAGUCCAGUUUUUGUCCUUAAAUGAUACAACGGUUAGCGGAGCGCUAGAAGCUGCUCUGUUAAAUUGUACUACUGGUGAUGCGAGUACAUCGUGUGUUUUGCCGACUCCUAAACCUCCACAUAUAAUAACUUGCACGGAAAUGAAUGCAUUGGACAUCAACAAGCUUAAUAGUUCGAAAAGCAUUGUUUUGUCACAUAACAGGGGCAACAGCAAUAUGAAGCGAGAAUGGAGGAAUGUCGGUUGGUUUACAUCCGAAGAGGAAAUGGACCGAGUUCGGAAAAGUCAACGGGUUUCUAAGUGGAAAACUGUAGAGCAGAUCAAUGGUCUUAAAGUAUUUUUCCGAUGUAAUAAAUGGAAACGUACAAACUGCAACUACAGAAUGUAUGUUAUGUAUUACGCGAUGGAUAAAAUAAGUUUGAAUGAGAGCGGUGUUCAUGAUCACUCGACUUUAAAUCCAGAGUACAAACCCAGGCCACACGUUAAAUCACCUUGUGUAAGAGCUGUCAUUGAGGCAACGCCGAGUUCUUCGCAACAGCAUGCCUUGGAUCAGUUUAUACUGAAGUCGAGUCAAGCCUUCCUGAGCGGGAACGCCUAUGAUCAUGACAAUGUCUUUGACACGAUAGUUGAUGGACAAAGUUUUGGGACUUAUAAUCUUAGUGAUGGACAGAACAUUGGGGAACUGCUACAAGUGGCUUCAGAUAUGGACCUAACAUUUUCGUUUAAUUCAAGAAAGAACUGUGAAUAUUGCUUUGAAUCAAAUGCACCAGCAAUGAAGGGCAAGGUUGUGGUUUUUGUUGAUUUUGGAGAUCGAGUUGCAGUAACGGAGCGCCAUCAUGGUUGUGACCAGUCGACAGAGGAGUGGAGGAAAGCGGACUGGAAACAAUUUUUAUGGGCAGUUCGAGGAAAAUGUUUAAAUGCAUUAAAGAAUACAUAA